AUGACGAAGAGACCUACCCAAUCAGCCCACGCCACAUACGUUGAGGGACUCAAAUAUAGCACAAUGGUUGGCGUGGUUGGUGCUAUUGUCUGUGCACCCGCGGGUGCGGCUCUGCUUCCAACCCUUGGCAUCGGCAUCGUUGCUGGGGGAACGCCAGCAAUGACGGCGGCAACGGCCGCUACCGUCGCGGCAGCUGAAGCAGCCGCCGCUGCAACGGGCCUUGGUGCCACGAGCGCAACUGCGACCCUCAUGGCGGUAGGACCCGUUGGGUGGGCACUACUAGGUGCUGAUGACCUCACUUGGGACUGCUGGAAGCCUGUGGUGAUGGACAACUCUCCCGAACCCUCCCGCGGCAUAACCCUCAACGAGCUUUGCAGGCAUCCAAACCUCCGGAGCAUUACUCAAGAGGGAAGCGGGUUUAUUGCUGAAAAUAUCCUUGCCAAGAAGUUUCUUCUGUCACCAGUUGACGUCGGUGGUGUUCUCGCCUUUCAUGCUACGCAGAUAUAG